AAAAGUCAAAAUUGAUUGUCAAACUUCUAACCUAACUAUACGCAAAAUAAGCCGUUUCAUCGCUCGCAAACAAAACUAAAGCUGUCAAAUUUUUACUAUUUUACCAUUGCUAUUAUAAAGUAGUGAAAUUAAAAAUUAUUAAAAAUGAGUUCAAUUGGUACUGGGUACGAUCUGUCGGCAUCACAAUUUUCACCUGAUGGACGUGUCUACCAAAUUGAGUACGCUGGUAAAGCGGUAGAAAUGAGUGGAACAGUAAUAGGAAUGCGUGGAAAAGAUGGUAUUGUUUUGGCCGUGGAGAAAAUCGUUACCAGUGCUUUAUAUGAAGAUGACGCGGCUACUCGCAUAUUUACUGUAGACAAAAACAUUGGCAUUGCUAUUGCUGGUCUACUAGCUGAUGGACGAUAUAUAGUAGAUAUUGCUCGGCAAGAGGCCGCAAACUUCCGUCAACAAUUCGAACGUACAAUACCAUUGAAACAGUUAACUGAGCGUGUAUCAGCUUACGUGCAUGCCUAUACGUUGUACAGUGCAGUGCGUCCAUUUGGUGUAUCUGUUAUAUUGGCGUCAUGGGAUGAGGAGCAAGGUCCACAACUAUAUAAAAUCGAGCCUUCUGGUACGUCUUUUGGAUAUUUUGCCUGUGCUAGCGGAAAGGCAGAACAGCAAGCUAAAACAGAAAUGGAAAAAUUAAAAUUUGCUGAAAUGAGUGUAGACGAUUUAGUUCAAAAUGCUGGUAAAAUAAUUUACCUAGUGCAUGAUGAACUCCGAAAUAAAGAUUUUCAUUUCGAAAUGAGCCUGGUAAGCAAAGACACAAAAGGUCUACAUCGUUUAAAUCCCCAACCAUGGUACGAUCAGGCUGUUCAAGCUGGUCUAGCGGCAAAGAAUGAAGACGAUAGUGAUAAUGAGAUAUAAGAAGUUUUUUAUUUAAUUUUAAAUCUCGAUAUAGUAACUAAUCCAUUUGAUUUGGUUUAAAAUACUUCAACAUGGUUUGACCUAUAAAA